UAAAUCCUCAAAGACAGGUGAAGCAUGCGCUAAAAUAGCUGGUAAAUCCUAAACAAGGUGUAGCAUUUCUAACACUGAAAGAAAAGUGUUUCUUUGAUAUCACAGGUUUAAAGAUAACCCGUGACUCAUUUCUACACACAUAAAAAUAAGUCCUUACAAUAUGUAUAUGUAAAUAUACAAGUAUAGUGGGUACUGACUGGAUUGUGUUCUUUUGAAAUUUCUUCAUAACUUGUGUUUUUGUGCCAUCAGCUGAAAAUGGAUCCAAGCAUCCUCAAUUCUGGGCGUACCAUUGAAUCCAUAGGCAUAGAGAAACAGAAACAAAUUGUUGCAAAGCUUAUCCACUUAUCUCCAGAAAAGCAGGAUAACCUAAACAAUUUUAACCUCAGCCUAUGUGAAGAAAAGAUUCAAGAAUUAAUUAACUUAAUUCAAAACCCAAAUGGAAACUUUCUGAUAACAGAUGUACUCUGUGAGCUCACGCUUCUUUAUCAGCUUAAAUCCCAAAUAAAAGCUAAACAGUACUCUGAGUUAGAAGCCAAAUAUCAGAUGAUCUGCCACAGAGUAAGUGCUGCAAACAUUUUAUUGUCAGGAGCUGACAAGAUCAAAGACCCAUGUGGCCAGACUGACCAUGCCUCAGAACAAACAGUGACCCCCCUCCUAGUGGAGCUAUGCAAUAAACAAAGCAAGCAGACUUUGAAUCAGCAGGAGGUCACCCCAGUCAAAAGGAGAACAGUUCCUGAAGCAGAUACAAAGUCUCUAAACUCUGAGUUAACACUAAAUAGAUCUGAAGGUGUUCAAAGUCAAAGUAGUGUCGCAGACAGAGAGAAACAAGUAGAUCACUUGGUAAACUCAAGCAGUUUAAAAUUUUGCAAAGGACAGCCAUGCAAACCAAUCUCUGUCUCACACUCUGCUGACCGAGCAUCAAGUGCCAAAGUUCACAGCUUGAAAAACUCUGAGGAGAACCAGUCUCCCUUGUGUCAUCAAAGGUUUGCUCAAAACCCCCCACCACUUAAUGAGCAGAACCAGCUUCCUGACGGGCCAGGUCCACCGAGUGACCAUAGAAUUCAACAAAUUGAAUUCUUGGCCAAAGACAUUGAUAUUUUUGACCCAGAAAAUCAACACUCCAACAUAGCUGAUUAUCUGCAAGAAGUUGAGCACUGUCUAAAAGACUUGCCAUUUCCUUCUUCACAACUUGAGAAAUGAUGAAGGUUGAACAACAGCAUCAUGAAGGUGUUAGGAAAUUUUGUUUGGAAUGUAUAUAUUUGUGUAUCAGGGUCAGACUUUCCUGCCAGACCUGCUUCAACCAGACGCAAAACCUCUGGAGAAAAUGAACUGUUUUAUGAUAAGAUAGGGUCAGCUUCUGCCAGACCUACAAGAAAUCAUCCAGGGACAAACACUGGAGAAGAUAUGAACCCUAAAUGAACUUUCUUCCUGCCAACAGGAACCUGACUCAUCACCCCUCCAGAUCUCAUGGCUUUAUGGACCUAUUUGUGAUCUGAAAACAAAGAACUGCAUCUUUUAUUUCCAGAUCAAAAGGGGGAUAUGUUGUGCCAUAUGCCAUGAUCAUACUUUUUGGACAUUGGGAAGCAGUGUCCAUAUUUCAUCCU